AUGGUUGGACUCGGACCUCGCCCGCCUCCCUCUAGAAAGGGCUCAACGGCGGAUUUGCCCAAGGAUCUCCUCAAUGAAGUGAGGAAGCUGGAGGAGAUCUUCACCGUCGACACCGCCAAGCUCAAGCAGAUCACGGACCACUUUGUCAAUGAGCUCGCCAAAGGUCUCAGUGUGGAGGGUGGCAGCAUCCCCAUGAAUCCUACCUGGGUCAUGGCUUACCCUGAUGGCCACGAGACUGGUUCUUUCCUGGCUCUUGAUAUGGGCGGCACCAACCUGCGGGUCUGUGAAAUCACCCUGACGGACCGCAAGUCGGAGUUCGACAUCAUCCAGUCCAAGUACCGCAUGCCGGAAGAGCUCAAGACCGGCUCCAGCGAGGAGCUGUGGGAGUACAUCGCCGACUGCCUGCACCAGUUCAUCGAGACACACCACGGCGACUGCAGCAAGCUGGAUGCCAUGCCUCUCGGCUUCACCUUCUCCUACCCUGCCACUCAGCACUACAUCGACGAGGGCAUCCUCCAGCGCUGGACCAAGGGCUUCGAUAUUGCUGGUGUUGAGGGGCAAAACGUCGUGCCCAUGUUCGAGGCCGCCAUUGCUAAGCGUGGUGUGCCCAUCAAACUGUCGGCUUUGAUCAACGACACGACAGGCACGUUGAUUGCUUCCGCCUACACCGACCCCAAGGUGAAGAUUGGCUGCAUCUUCGGAACUGGAUGUAACGCGGCCUACAUGGAGGACUGCGGCUCCAUCCCCAAGCUGGCGCACAUGAACCUCCCCCCUGACUGCCCCAUGGCCAUCAACUGCGAGUGGGGUGCCUUUGACAACGAGCACAAGGUCCUGCCUCGCACCAAGUACGACAUCGCUAUCGAUGAGGACUCUCCUCGCCCUGGCCAGCAGGCGUUUGAGAAGAUGAUUGCAGGUCUCUACCUGGGCGAGAUCUUCCGGCUGGUCCUGGUGGAUUUGCACGACAACAAGGAGAUUCACAUCUUUGAGAACCAGGACAUCUCUUUGCUCCGCAGGCCCUACACUCUGGAUUCGUCCUUCCUGUCGGGCAUUGAAGAGGACCCCUUCGAGAACCUCCAAGAGACCUUUGAUACCUUCCAGUCGAAGCUGAACAUCACACCCACGGGACCCGAGCUGGAGCUGGUUAGGAGACUGGCAGAGCUCAUCGGAACACGAGCUGCCAGACUGUCCGCCUGCGGUGUAGCCGCCAUCUGCAAGAAGAAGAAGUUCGAAAGCUGCCACGUCGGUGCCGACGGAUCCGUCUUCAACAAGUACCCUCACUUCAAGGCCCGCGGCGCCCAGGCCCUGCGAGAGAUCCUCGACUGGCCCGCGAAGUCCAACCCCAAGGAGGAGGACCCGGUGGAGAUCCUGGCGGCCGAGGAUGGCAGCGGUGUUGGCGCGGCUCUGAUUGCAGCCCUGACACUGAAGCGUGCCAAGGCUGGCAACUUGGCCGGCAUUUUGCAUCCUGAGAAUUUUGUCUAG